CGCCAUGUUGGUUGUUUACAUCCGCGUGAAAAAAAAGAGUCUGAACUAACCGAUAAAUAAUUUAUUUUAAAAAUAAAAUGUGUUUGUUUGACAUAAUUCAUCAAAAGUCUGGUCUCACAACAUAUUCUUACUUUAAUUUGAGAAGAAUUGAAGGUGUAAAGAGAUGAAAUAGAUGAAAAGUUUGAAAGAUGGUGUUAUUAGUGGGACCAACAAGUUCUGGUAAAACCUUGAUGUUGAAACGUUUACAGUGCCAUAAUUUUACUGUGAAAGGUGGAAUCGAGAACUUAGAUAAUGUGCCAUCUACCAUUCCAACUGUAGGUACGAACAUGGUUAAUGUGGUUACAGGACGUCGGACGGCUGAGAUAACCGUACGUGAAUUAGGUGGAACUAUGGCUCCCAUUUGGCAAAAAUAUUAUAAAGAUUCUUAUGCAAUAAUUUUUAUGAUUGACAUUUCGAACCGAUUUCAAUUAUCAGCUGCUUGUAUACAGUUAUUGAUGUUGAUGUCAUCACCAGACACCAACAUACCAAUCGCCAUAGUUUUUAAUAAAACUGAUUCAUUAUCAAUCAUGUCCAGAAGUGAAAUUGAAAGUGUUCUCCGAUUGGAUGAAAUUCUAGAAACAGCCACGCAGAAAAUGACUGUGUUUCAUGUCAGUGCCAAGACAGGAAAAGGUUUGGAUGGAAUUGUAAAAUGGAUUUCUGAAAAUAACAUUCCUGAUAGAGCCAAUAUGGAAAUUUCUCAAUGAAUUUUACUUUUACAUGUAGUUGAAUCACAUCAAUUUAUUAUUAGAUUUAAGAUAGCAAGUACGCAGACAAGCCAUCUAAUAAGUUUUGUAGCUUAUAUUUAUUUUGUAUUUCGAGAUUAGGUAUUGUGGGGUUAGAGCUGACAGCAGACUGACUCUCACAAGCACUGGUACAGGUAUUAGAAUGCUUCUUACCUUGAGGAGGAUUCCAACCCAUGGCACCUAAUUGCCUAACAGACGAUAAUCUAACUGGCCACCGAAUGAGCUAUUCCAAUACCACAAAAAGACAGUGUUCUAACCCAGUGUUAGAGGGAAAUAUCAGUAUUGAAGUUUAAACAGUUUGAAAGUUGUUAACCCCUACAAGAAGAUAUUAAGAUUAGAGAAUAUGUACAGGGAGGCUACUCUGGUUAAUACUAAUUGAGUCUAAGUUUUAUAUAAAUGGUGUCUCCCCGAUUCAUCUGUAGUAAGGUGUGGCAUACUUAACUUUUUAACAAAUUUUUAUUAUUUUGAAGCUGGCUCAUAUUUGUCUUUUAAAUGUCGUUAAAUUUUCCAUCUUCUACAUUCCUGUAUUAACCAUAUUCCAUUUCCUGUCAAUAAUAAUAAAUAGAAAUAAAUUGAAUAAAGUUU